CAAAAAAAUUCUGCAGCAUUCUAUUCAUUUGUUUGCGAGCGUUGAAAAAUUUGGUGCGAUACAUAAAAUAACUUUCCAUUUUUUUCAAUUAGAAAUUGUCUUUUUCCAAGAAAAGAAAUGCCAAAAAUAAAAGGAGCAACAAAAAAAAUAAAAACCGACAAAGAAAACAACAGCACUAUUACUAAUAAUUUAAAAAGCACUGUGUAUGAAAAUGAGUUAAGUGAAAACACGGCGACAAAUAAUGAAAAUGUAAACGAAGUCAUUGAGAAUGGUGUUGUUGAUGCCGAAAAGAGUGUAAAUCAAGGCAAGGGACGCGGCAGAAAAAAUGAUAGUACAGCUGCGAAUAAAUCGAAUAAAGGAACCGUAUCAAAGGUAAGAGGUAAAGCGAAGACUGCGGCACCAGCAAAAGCAAAAGCUGAUGUUGUCCACGAAGAUAUAAUGGAAGCCGACGGUGAGCCUGCAUCAUUAACAAGAGCGGAUGAUAGCAAGUUUAAAAAAUUGCCAAAUUCAAAAAAAAUAAAAGCUAAAAAUGAAGUCUCUACAAUUAGUGCAAAUUCAACUGAAAUUGUGAAAGGCGACACAGGUGUUAAAGCCGUUCAAUUAAAGGUCAACAAACUAAAUAAAGGAGGCGUGGAAAAAAUUUCGAAAUUUAAUUUGAAUAUAGAGGAAACCGCAGACGUCAACGGCGGCGACGAUGUUGAACAGACCACCGGAGAAAUUUAUGAAAAGGCAAAUAAAAAGGGUUCUCGCAAGCGGAAACAAGCUUCCCAAGUCGAAGAAGAAGUACAGCUGGAAGACACCGUCGAAAAACCUGCAACUGUCAAAGUCUCCAGAUCUAAAAAAGCUGCAAUCUCGGUUCUUGUUAAUCAUGACAUUCCAGAAAGCCAGCCUCCGAAAAAAACGAAACGAAGCUCGAAGAUAAUUCUUGAAGAAAAUAAAACUUCUGAGAGCACACAGGGAAUUGCAGACCAGCAGAGAGAAACAGCGGAAAAACCUACUACUACCAAGCGUUCAAGAAAACCCAGCGUUCUUGAAAACACGGCAAACGAAGAAGAACGUGAGAACGUUACCAAAAAAAAAUAUAAAAAGGCCAUAAGUGAAGAAAAGAUUUCGAUUGAUCCUAGAAAGCAAAAAACGUCUCGUAAGAAGACCAUCGACAAGACAGAAGAUAUUCCAAAAGCUUCUCAACAUGAAGUUGCCGAAGAGAAAAAAGUAGAAGAGGCCGCGCCAGGCAAAAAAGGAACAGCGGGUAUUCGUAGUCGUAAACGUGCCGCGCCGUCAGAUAAGAAAGUCUUAUCCGUUGCUGAAGAAGAUUUCGAUGGGGAUAGCAAUUUGAAUGAGGAUGAACCAAAUGGCUCUAAACCCAACAAGAAAAAAAAGACGAUCACCUCUACUAUAGCACCUCUAAAUAGCACUUCCACAACUUAUAAUAAAGGUGAUUUCGAAUUACCACGGUUGGAUGCAAAGGAAGAAAGCAUUGCUUGCAGAUAUAAUUUGAAAAUUUCAAGUUGGAAUGUGUCUGGUGUAAGAGCUUGGUUGAAAAAAGAUGGCUUAACAUUUUUAAAAUACGAGGAACCGGAUAUAUUUUGUAUGCAAGAAAUUAAAUGCACUAUUGAUCAAUUGCCAGAAGAGUUGGAACGCAUCCCCGGUUACCAUCCUUAUUGGUUAUGUAAACCGGGUGGUUAUGCCGGUGUAGCCAUUUAUUCAAAAAUUAUGCCCAUCAAUGUGGAAUAUGGCAUUGGUGACGACGAAUUUGAUGGUAACGGUCGCGUCAUUACUGCCGAAUAUGAAAAAUUCUUUCUAAUGAAUGUCUAUGUGCCGAAUUCGGGUAGAAAAUUGGUUAAUUUAGAGGCUCGCAUGAAAUGGGAGAAAUUAUUUCGGGCUUUCGUGCAACAGCACGAUGAUCGAAAGCCAAUUAUCAUAUGCGGUGAUAUGAACGUGUCACAUGCAGAAAUCGAUUUAGCUAACCCAAAAACCAAUACACGCAAUGCCGGUUUCACUAAAGAAGAACGCGAGAAAAUGACUGAGCUCUUAGCUUUAGGCUAUAUAGACACCUUCAGACAUUUCUAUCCAGAACGUAAGGGCGCUUAUACAUUUUGGACUUAUAUGGGUGGUGCCAGGGCACGCAACGUUGGUUGGCGUUUAGAUUACUUCCUUGUAUCGCAGCGUUUUUUAAAAAAAGUGGUAGACAAUUGUAUUCGCUCUCAGUGUAUGGGGAGUGAUCACUGCCCUAUUACAUUGUUCUUGAAAUUGUAAGCUGAUCAAAUAGAAAUAAGAAUUUCAAAAUAAGCUCACUUUCGAUGUCUAUCACCACAUUAUCAAACAUUUCUUCAACAAAAUCUAAUUAACAAAAAUGGAAAAAUCUAUCUGUUGUCAGUAAAAGCUUCAGAUAAAUAUGUAAGAUUCUUCUGAUUAAUGUUAAAUUUUCUUAAUAUUUAUACUUUAUUAAAAAAACAACUUACAUUUUCUUU